AUGGAAAGAACAAGAUAUGCAUAUGAAAAGUAUCGUGAAGUUAGAAGUCAAAUUACAUCUGGUCGAACCUUUACAGUAAACUUUGACGAAGGAAAGAACAAAGAAGGCUUCAUGGGUGUACUUGCUGCAAUUCAAGACGGAAAUAAGAAAGGACACAAUCUCAGAUUGACCAUAACAGAUUUGGAUGGUCACAUUUACUAUGCACAUGGCAAUGAACAAACAGCCGCAAAACUUCUUGACGCUUUCAAGACUACAAAGAGAGAACAAAUGGUUGACUCCGACUCAGACAUUUUGAAUGCAAUUGAAGGAAUUGCAAGUGUCAAGUUCGAAUGGUACCAACCUAACCCUCAAGCAGUCAGACAACAUGCUGGAUACUUCCCCUUCAUAAAUAAGUCUGACAUUGACUUGACAAGGUAUGGAAUUUACAAUUCAAUUGAAACAAUUGUCAAUGAACCUUGUAUUCUUACAUGUCUCAGGAACUCUGGUCUUGUUACAGAUGAGAAGAUGAAGUAUCUUGAGUCAUGUGUGAAGACAAGGUACAUUCUCAGAGGUCAAUUGGCAAAAAUUGCACCGUUGGCAAAUGUCAAUAUCCGAGUCAACAUACCUACAGCUAAAGGUUCUUCACAUGACGACUAUGUUGUUGAGUUCAAUUUACCAUGGUUGAAGAUUGUAAUUGUCCACAACCACUUCAUGUUGAACGAAAGUCUUACAAACCCAUUGUUCGGAAAAGGCAAGUGCAACAUUGUCAGAGCUGUAAACAUUCUUUUCGAGAAAGGUUUGUUGGAACCAAUUCCAGAUGACAAGCUGACAGAAACUUU